AAUAAGUUUUAAAAAGUGUGUUUCAUGGACAAGAAAAUGUCAUACAGAAUGGCAUGUGGUGAAUAAAUGACAGAUUUAUCAUUUUUGAGUGAACUAUCACUUAAAGGGAGUUAUUUUUCAGUCAAAUAUUUCAGAAUAAUAAUGAUUCCUGACACCAUAGUAAAACUGACUGCUCAUCCAGGAAACUCGUGAACUUCAUGUGACCUCUUCACGUUCCAAUGUUACAUUUUGAAUCAUAAUAUUGGCAACAACAUGACAAAUUAGUACCAGAUAAAUCCUGUCACUUCAGCUUAACAUGGUUCAUUUGUCAUGCGUCCUCACAAAGCAAUGUCAAAUACCUGCUGCAUACUUACAAAUUGCCAAACACCUCUUUCCUCCUACACUUUAUUUCCUUAAAUGAAGAUGUGUUUGAAGGUUGUACACACAAUAAAGAGGGCUUAAAUGAAGACCAGCUAUAUUAAAGUUAAACAAAUAUUUUGAAGUUCCAGCUCAGAGUCAUUUAGUAAUAAUCUGCAGAAGAACAAUGACUUCUCUGCAAAAUCAAAUGCAAACAGUAAGCACAGAAUUUGCCAAGCCCUGCAAUGAAUCAAUAGUGCGGGAGUGUUUGACGGUUCAAUCAAAGGAAACAAGGCAUUAUUUUGGCUGGUAUAAGGGUAAGCGAAGGACUUGCAAUAGCAUGGCUAGUUUUUGUGUCAGAUUUCUGUAAAUUGAGCAACCACUGCAAUGCAAACUUUUGUUUUGAUGCUCCACUUCCUGAGACACAGAUGACUGUCUCAGUUUCAAGAGAAUUUUAAGCAUGCAAACAACAUGAAUAAACAGGAAAUAUAUUAUUGAUUACUUUAGACCAGGUUUGUUUUUCUGCUUAAUUGAAGUUGUUUUGAUUAUAACUUGUGUAUUUCAAAUAAAUCUUGUUUUUCAGGUUUUGUCUACUCAAAAAUACUGUUUGUUUCUUAACGGUCUAUAGUGACAUUUACCUAACUGUCUUUUGGCUUAGUUAGCUAUUAGAUUGCAUGAAACUUAUUUUGGCACACCCUCGGAUGACUAAGUGCAGUUUGUUUUAUGCAAGACUAAUUCAGGGGAUUGGCAUGGGAUGAAAUCCUGAUUUACAACUGAACGUUAUGGUCAGAUUAUUGUAGCUUCCAGUGAUGCGUCACGUUUCAUCAGUGCUCACACACCCUCUCAAAACCUGCUGUGUGUUUCCACAAACUGUCAUGCUGGUUAUAGAAAUAAAUUUGAUAUUGUGUAAUAGGCUUUUUGCAUCAUAAAUUGACCAAAAUUGCCACUGAAAGGAACAAAUCGGUCCCAUAUUUAAAAUGUGUGGACAGAAAUGUCCCAGUAGACUAAAUUGACUUAAAAGGGGAAAAAAAGAUCUUAUAAAGGUAAAAGUUGGUUUUGUAUGUAUUGUAUGUAUUUUCUAGAUUCUUAUAUUAUUGUUUUUAUUGUCCCUUAAUAGGAAGCUUUAAUUUCAGACACUAGUCAUAAAUUAAGUUACAAACAGGAUGCAUUUACUUUUUUCUGUAGAAUCUGAGUUUUUUUGCUAAUAUAUUUUUUGUUUGCAGUUUAGUUAACUCUAAAUCAUUCUGUAUUGCCCCCAUGUGGUAAAGGUCUGUACUACAGUGUUUUUGACAAGAGUGCAUAUGUGUAAACUAUUGUGUUACUUAUUUAAUAUAGCACUAUCACACAAAGGUUUUACAUUGUCUGUGCUUAACAGAUGAUAUUUUGUUUAUGUUAUAACACAACAAAGCCACAUUUUUACUAAAUGCCAAUUCUUUCAGAAUAUUAAUUCACAUGUCCACUCCAUUAUUAUAAACCUGACCACAUCUAGCCAACAUCUAACCUGCCCCUAAAGUUGAUCUUUAUAUUUGAUCUAGUCAUCCUUAUGUAGUCUUUUCUCCUCUGUUCCCAAUACCCCCCACGUCUGAGGACCCCUGAGUGAGUUUUCUCCAUGAGCCACAUUUAGUGUGGUGCGAAAGCAACGAAGAGGAGGAGGAGGAGGAUGAGGAAAGUGAGGAUUUAAAGGGCAGUAUUGCAUUCUGUUUGCAGGCUGAGCACACAGGGACUCGUACGUACUACUUCAGUGCAGACAGCCAGAAGGAGCAGGAGGAGUGGAUCCAAGCCAUGAAUGAGGCUGCCAGGGUCCACAUCCCAGCCACAUCCAGAAAUAAAUCUGAUCCCGUCCCGACAGCAGAUGAAAACGACAUGGUAGCCAAACGCCUCGAGUCCAAUUCUCACGCAGAGAACGGCCAGAGGCCAGAUAUCCAAGAACCUGUCAAACACGAGCUUAACGGUGUAGAAACCAGAGACACCACACCCAGCACCCCAGUGACCCCGGUUACCCCUAAUAUAGAGGGCAGGAUGGGGGAGAAAGCAGUCCCGGUACCCCAUCACCCCAAUGGCUGGGGUAGCUAUGGUCCUCCCAAUGGUUCAAGAUACCAUUCCCAAGAGAAUAUGAGGGAAAUGCGCGAGCCGCAUGAGGAGAAUGUGGUGAUGCGGAGAGGCUUUGUGCCCAGGACGGCACCGGAGAGACUGGCCCAGAGGAAGAGUUCCAUGACGCAGCUGCAGCAGUGGGUCAACCAGCGACGGGCCCUGGUGCCUCAAGACGACGGCCGCAGUCCAUCCAGGUACUACACAGUAAACCGCGCUAUGUCAGCAGACUAUUACGGUGUGUAUAACGGCCCUCCAUAUGUAGAUGACUAUCCCCUCUACCCACCUGGUGUGCGACCUGAGAGCAUCUGCUCCAUGUCGGCUGCAUACAACCGACCACCUCCUCGCUGGACCAUGGAAGAGAGAAGGCGUUCAUUGCGAGACGGACCCUUAUAUGGUCAACCUCAAGACCCUCAGUGGAUGAUGGGACCCCAGGGUCCUCCCUAUUACUCCCAGUUGGACUCAGCGCAGAACUCUAUGAGACGGCUUUCCAUACAGCCCCGCUCGCGGUCGGUUCCUCGUUCACCCUCCUCUUCCCUGGGAGGCCCCUACUCUCCACACAGCUUCGCCUCACCUGCCCGAUCGCCCAGUGUCAGGUUUGAUCGGGGACCUGGCCGACUCAGAGAGGAGGCAAUAUAUGCUGACCCCUCAGUCUACGGGCUCCGCAGGUCACUGAGCUCACCUAAGUAUGAUUUCCCUGGAGAUAGACGCUCCUACAGCCAGGGAAUGUACCAUUACAACUACCCAGCAUCCCCUUCGCUCCAUAGUAAAAUGGAGGACAUUUUAGACGUGCAGCUUCAGAGGAACCUGGAGUACCUGGAUCAGCAGGUGCCUCCAUUCCAUGAUGUGUACGGUGAUCUACAUCCUACACUGAAGCUUAAUGAGAUUGAGACCAGUAAACUACUGGGCCGCUUGUGUGAGCAGAAUCGACUUGUGAAAGAGCAGGAGGCUGUAGUGCAUCGUUUGCGAAUGGAAAAGGACAGUCUAGAGGGGGUGCUGGUGGCCACACAUCAGGAGAUGGAGCUGUACAGGAGCCAGCCGCUAGCCUUGGAGAAACUUCAGCUGAAGAAGGAGAGUCUACAAAAUAAGCUGAUUAACAUCAGAGGAGAGCUGUCUCAGGCCUCCAGUGCCCUGACCACCACUCGUAUGGAGUUUGAAGCACUAGAGGAUGAAGUAAACAGCAUCCACGGUGACCUGUGGGAACAGCUGAACGCUGGAGGCCAGAGUGAGCUGGUACACAGGCACAUUCAGAAGGAGUUCUGGAGGGUUCAGGAUGUUUUGGAGGGGCUGCACAAGAACAACCCGUCUCGUGGCACGGACACGGCCAAGCACAGAGCCAGUGGAGCAUCCGGCUCUUUCAGCACAAACAGUCCUGCGAGUCCCUUGAGUUCAGUGAGUCUGACGAGUCCUCUCAGCCCCUUCUCUCCUGUCCCUGGCUCUCAGGCCUCUCCCACUAAACAGGUGGCCACAGAGGAGGUUGGUCCUCCUCGACCUCCACUUCCUAAAUCUUACCAGCCCCUGGAGUCCUCCCAGUCUUUCCCCCCCUCCGUUCCUCCCCUGCCCUCAGACAGCAAUGCCUGGCUGCGCAGCAUGGGCCCCCAUUCAGGCAUCCAUCAGGAAGGCCACAAGGACCACGAAGAAUUCCGCAGCAGAAAGCACAACUACAACUCACAAGGAGAAAAGAUCAGCGACUUUGAUACAGAAUCCAACCAGAAUAAAGUUGGAAUUGUUCCACCCAGGACCAAGAACAAUUCUGAUGGCGUCCAACGAAGAAAUGGGAAGGUGUCCAAUGGUCACAUUUCCAGAGAGAGGCCAAAGAGUGCGGUGUUCCCAGCAGAGGUAAAGUCUAAAAUGAGUGUGGAGGAACAGAUUGAGAGGAUACGAAGAAACCAGAGCAGCUCCGUCAGAGACAAGAGGCGCAGCCUCAACCUCUCCAGCAAUCACAACAUUGAUGGCAAAUCUUCUACUAACUACAAAGUGGUGCGGAGGAGAGUGACGGCUGAUGAGGUGGAUAUUAAAGAUCUCGAGGCGGCCGUGAGGGGAGAAGGUGUGGAGUCACCCAGGCAGGAAAUUGCUCGUCUGCGACGACAGGUGGAACCGGAACAUUAUGACCUGGACCUCAACAAAGAGUUGUCCAAGCCGGAUAAAGUCCUGAUCCCUGAGCGAUACUUGGACAUUGAGCCCAGUACACCACUCAGCCCAGAAGAGCUGCAGGAGAAACAGAAGAAAGUUGAAAGAAUCAAGACACUGAUUGCCAAAUCAAACCUGCAAAAUGUGGUGCCGGUGUUGGACGGGCCAGUGGAGGGAACCAGUAACCCAGAUCAGCACCUUCAGGAGCAGGAGAAACGCAUUGAGAUUUCCUGUGCUCUGGCUGCCGAGGCCUCCCGCCGUAGCCGGCUGCUCUCCGCCCAGUGCCUCCCCAGUCCCCCUGCCUCCCAAACCAGCCUGGUCCCUCCCCCUUCUGCUGACUACUCUGACUCCUCCCACAUCAUGAAGGUGUGAAGCUCAAGCUCUUGCAGCUGUCAGAUUUGACGAUGAACCCUUCUGAGUGUCCAGCAGACAAAGAAAAGUUGGGGAAAAAAAACACUGAACACCAAGAACAUAUGUUUCCCUCCGCCAAACAUUGUAUUUCUUUCGAUUAUUUACACAACACCAUGCAGAGAAAUAUUUCAAAAUGUUUGGAUGUUUGCAGAGGGCUGUUCACGAGCGAGGUUAUCUCCCUCCACAUCUCCUCGCAAUCCUCAUUCGGAGUGUGUAACCCACGGCAGAACCAUGUAAUUCAAUUUGUCAUCUGUUUUGACUUGGUUUUCGGAGGAUGGCAGUCAUAUUACAAAAGCUACAAACUAGCCAGGAAGUGGACGAUGUUAACAGAUUCAUAUCUACUCUCGGUCACAUUACUGACUGGAGAAUAUACAACAGAUUCAUACUACAAACGCUAGGUACAGCUGCUCAGGGCGGAUUCUGCAGACACAAGCACGUUUGGGACUGGAAAGAGCGUAACGGAGAUCGAGAUGCGACCAGAGGAAAAUAGCCAUGCUUGAGGAAGUUGAAGAAAAGAAAAAAACAGACCAAGGACUACAGCAAAGUUGUCAAAGCUCAGUUUAUCUGUAAGUCAUCAGAAAGAAAGAUUCGGAACCGCUGGUACGAUAACUAUCUUGUGUUCAGAACACAAGCCGCAAUCCACCCCUGAGGAUUUACGAACAGAACUCAGUAGGAAUCUGGAACAAUCUAUGAAUCCGUUGUUGUCUUGAUCCGAAGGAUGACGUUGAUGCACGAAGACUUGGCAUUGGGCACUUCCCCCUCCAUCUUCUUUAAGGCCAGACUCACUGUGACUCCUCCUGGCCUCCUCUUUCCCCACAAUCCUCUCCAGUUUCACGAUAGGGCUUGAGAACCCUUUUCCCGUCAACGUUGCAGUCUCUCAAACCAUUGUCAGGCCUUUAAAGUACCGUGUGUAUCUAUAAAGAUUAAGAAAGCAUAUAUAUUGAUAUGACUAUUACUCUAAUCUUUGCAUCAAAGCCAUGUGGACUCAUCAUAGUGCUUUUACUGCUAGGACAGUAGUCACCAAAUAAUGGUACCUAAAUACUUGUUAGCGUGUGUGUUAGAUUAAUACGACGAGCAAGCCGAACCAUUGGAAGUGUCCUUAGAGUUGUAAGUCUGCUUGUUGAAACAAUGCGUGUUCAUGCGAGGCCAGCAACUUGCAUCACAGCCUGUAUAUACUGACGUUAAAUUAUGGAACCUGUUGCCCCAACAGAAUAUCAAAGCCCUUAUUUGUGGAUCGCUGUCCCAUUUGGAUAUUCAUUUGGCUGUUUCUUUUCUGCCGUGGCACAGUUUUUGUGUAAAUAGAGAUUGACAUGGAAUUAUAUGGAACAAUAUUUUGGAUUAUUUUUCUAUCACUGGUAAUUACCUCUGUAAUCAAGCAGCUUGAUUAUAAUGUGUCGUAAAGUAAAGAACAAUUUGCCAAACCAUAUAAAUCUCCUGGUUUGUACUUUGAGGUGAUCUUUCCCCUAAACCUCUAAAAUGCCAUGCAAGUUGUUAGCCCAUACUGUGCUUUUUUUAUUUUACUGUUUUUUAUGUUUUUUUUUUACGUGAAAUUAGUCUGUUUUUGGUCUACUUCUUGACUAAACACUGUCCACAGCUUGUGUACGAUCUUUUUUGUUCGAAUUAGUUUGACGAAACUCUCAUUAGUCGAGAAAAGUCACAGAAAUCACGCUGUACCCCUGAAUCAAGCUAAAACACAGUAUGAGAUCUGACAAAAUGAAUAACGUUCCACAGAAGUAGAUUAGCCAUCAUCACUUUUAAGCAAAUACAGCCCAGACGGGAAAGACAGAGAUCUAUUUUUGAGAAAGAGAAAAACAUGAUCAACGCAUUGCAUAUUUUUCUAUGUAUAAUGAGGUUUAAUUGGUUACAUUUGUAAAAUGAUUAAAGAGAGUUUUGAUCUGAUAUAUUAUGGAGAUGCUGAUCGAGGCUGAUAUAUUUUUAAUUUAUUGACCGAAACUUUGCAGCAUCCUUUUGAAGGCCUUGUUUAAAAGUCAUUUUUAUGUGUUAUUUUGUACGUAAUUCGACAAAAUGGUCAAAGUUGCAGUUGGACAGUCAAUGCAGAGAUGUCUAAUAUUUGAUUAAAAAAAUUAAUAAAAAAAUAAACAUGUAGCAUAUAAAGUGGGAUUAACUAUAGUAAAUCAAAAUAAGCACAUUGGUCUGUAAAUAUUUAUAAAUCAAAACACUGUACGUCUUCAUAUUUACUGUAACUAAUGCUAUUUUAAAGAAAAAAAAUGGUAUUGCUUGAGCUAUGCAAAAAUUAAACAAAAUAAUACUUAAUGUGCUUGCUUUAGAAGUACCCUCAUGCAAUAAAGUGAAUGUAUUUAAAACCUUUAUUUGUAAUUAAAACUCUUUCUGUGUGCGUA